CCCUGGCCGCCGGUAAAUGUUGGAUUCCUCGGUGGAGGGCAGCAGGCGUUGUGACAUUGGUACCGAGAAACUAUCACAUGCAGCCGGCAGAUAUUUAGCGGUGCCCACCUGCCAGUACCACCUGAGAAGCAGCAGCCCACCGGAACGGUCGGACUACCGAGAUGAAUAACCCGAAGGCAAAGACGUUCCAGCCUCCGCUGUGAAACGUUUAUCUCUCCUUUCCCGGUUUUUUUUUGAUGGCAGGAGUGCACUCCAGUACCUGCGAACGAUGUCUUUUUUGAUGAAAAAGAAGAAGUUUAAGUUUCAAGUGCAUUUUACAUUAGAGGAGCUUACGGCGGUGCCUUUUGUCAACGGAGUGCUAUUCUGUAAGAUCCGGUUGAUUGAUGGUGGAGACUUCGCCGUUCUGUCAUCCAGGGAGGAGGUGCAACAGAACUGUGUUCGAUGGGGGAAGAAGUUCUCCUUUGUGUGUAAAAUGAGUGCGAAUCCAGUCACUGGCAUGUUGGAACCCUGCAUCUGUAGGGUCUCUGUACGCAAGGAGCUUAAAGGAGGAAAAGCCUAUUCAAAGCUAGGUUUUGCUGAUCUGAAUAUUGCAGAGUUUGCAGGUAGCAGUUCCAAAGUCCGCUGCUGCAUCCUGGAGGGCUAUGACACAAAAAAUACUCGCCAGGACAACUCAAUUCUCAAGGUGACGAUUGGGAUGGCGCUUCUCUCCGGUGAUCCAUGCUUUAAAAUGCCUCCCAGCACAGCCAAAUCUGUCUCCGAUGGAGAUGAGGAUCCCACCUUGCAGCUGGACUGUAAGGGGGAUAGCACUGAUGAUAAAGUACAACCACUCAGCACAAUUAUGGAGAGACCACGUGCUUUUAAACCUAGACAGACAUCAGUACGUAGUUUAGGGCUGCCUGAUGAGGGGAGUAAUGUCACCAACCAAGAUGAUGUCUUUCACGCUGGUCAUUUCCGCAACUCCAGUUUUGCCAGCCAACAUAGCAAGAUAUCAGGUUACAGCACAGGACACUCUCGCUCCUCCAGCCUGACUGAUCUCAGUCACCAUCGAAACACUUCGUCCAGCAGCGGCACUUCAUGCGGGUUUGCUCACCCACAUCCCUCCACCCCGACACAGCUGCAUCAGCAAGGAACUCCUACCAAACCAGAGAGACCUCCGCCACCUUCCGUAGCUGCCAUCAUGUCCAGUAGAUCGUCCAGAAGGAUGAAUGGCCUCCUGGAGAGGCAACAUAGCUGUGUGGACGAUACCCGCUUUGAUGCUGAUGACAUCGUGGAAAAGAUUGUUCAAAGUCAGAAUUUUUCAGACAGCAGCAACAAUGAAGACAGCAAUUUGCAGUUGUUUGUCAGCAAAGAUGGGACCACUACCCUUAGUGGGGCACAGCUCGCCAACAGAGUAACCCCUGGUGUUUUUGAAGCUGUGGUCAUUGAGACACAUUGAACCAUGCAUCAUCCCGUCUGCUGCAGAAUGAACUGCCUUAGGAUUCUUAGGCAUCUGAAUGUAUGUGAAUGAGUGUACAAGUAUGUGCGAAUUUUCUUUCAGUACACACCAAUUUAAUGUAAGACUACUAUUACAUAGGUACUGGUGAUGUAGAGGUACAGGUAAUGCUGGUGCUGCUUCUGGUGUAGACACUGUGGGUUCAAUGUUCCAAUACCCAGCCAGGGUAGGUUCCAUACAGGUUGUUGUUGUUUUGUUUUUUUUAAUGGGUGGACUGCAUGAAGACGGGCAUCCGGCAAGCAAACAAUGGAUGCAAACUUAGACAAGAUAAUAUCUGCAUUAAUAAUAAAUAUGUCACAAUAUUCACGUAUUGACGUAGUGGUUAACACGUUCGUAACACAGACAAGCAGUUUAAAUAAAAUGUCAAAACUAGUGUAGCUUAAAGCACCACUAGGUAACUUUUCAGUUUUGGUCGAUUUUAGCGACGCCGGUGGACAGAAGCGGUAGUGUUUUGCCUUAAGGAAGACUGCGUUUCCCAUGAGGACUAGCGCACAGUGUCGUAAAAUCAUGAUCUCCCGGUCACCUGCUGUUGGAUCAAAUGACAUUUUUUCUUUUUCUAGUGGCUGUGUGAAGGAUGAAUGGUAAUAAGGUAAUGAAUCCAGUCGUGACUAAACAAUAGUAUAUGACGGUUAGCAAACGUGUUGCUCAGUGCGGCUAACCCUUCCACCCACUUGACUCGUUAGCGCUAACGAGUUCGGUUGGGGAGAGGGGGGUCUCACCAGCUUUUGGAAGCUAGGCCAAUGUUUACUUUUGAUUAUCCUUUUAUCCUGGUAGCCUUUUUUUUCUCCUCCUCGGACUAAACUUUUUGUCUCUUUUCUUGCUCUGCCAUCUUGGCAGAAUUCGCGCAAAGGCUUUCUCAUCGACUUCCUUCUUUAUAAUGAAUAGGGAAAGGGGGAAGUGACCUAUGCCGUAAAGGAGUCAGCCCAUUUGUAGGUUUUUUUUGUGUGGCACCCUCCUCAAAGUUAAUUAGUGCCUGUGAAAGUGAUGCAGACCCCCUUAAGAUAUAUAAGAGGAGUCAUUCAACUAAUUGUCAGUCAACGUAUCGUCACAAAUAUAUGACAGUAUUUUAUAAAGGUUGAAAAAUUACCUAGUGUUGCUUUAAAGACAUGUUAAAAUGCCAGAUCAGUUAAAUGAACUGUUUUUACAUUGAACACGCAAUAACUUUGCAUAUUACUAUUUGCAACCGUGAAACUAAGGAAACAAAUCAGCAACCUUAGAAAAGCUGUAACGGCGUGAAUCUUAUUUCAUGAAUUAAAUCACUGGCUUCCAUUGCAUGGGAGGGGUAUCAGUUAUAAUUUACUGCCCCCCGCCCCCCGUCAAAAUGGAGUGGAUGUCUAUCAAACGUCAAUGUGACUGAAACAUGAUCAUUGAGUACCAGGCAUCACAGUUCAAAAGGAUUUGACAUCCAUUGCUGUUAAUGGCAGUGAAUGAGCAUGUCAGCCUGGUGAGCCCUGUUGAAUGUUGCAAAACAUCCGUAGCAUUAAGUGUAUUCUAUUACAUUUAACACUGUUUGUGCCAAUCAAGUCGUAUCAGAUAUAUAGAUUUAAAGGCUAUAGUGAACUUUAUGAUCAUAUGUUAUGUUUCUAUGACUUCGAGUGAAUCAGUAAUUUUCAUUCUGAUCAUAUCUUAUUUAGUCUAAGAAAAAAAACAGAUGAGCUUGAUUUUUUUCUGUUCUUUAUUUUAGUAUGCGAUCCAUGCGGACACACUUUUGCACACAAUUAAGAGGAUUACUUGAAACCUCGUAAAAAAUGUGCACAUUUCAUUUUAAAUGACAAAUGUUUUUUUCAAAAACUCAUAUGGCAGGCCAUAUGUAACACUGUACUGUAUCUGAAUACAUAUAAACUAAUCGCAAUUUUUUUUUUUUUUAAUCUACAUGCCUUCUUGUAGUCCACCUGAUCAUCCAGUUGGACUUUUGGACUUAUAAUGUCUUAAAUGCCCUUCAUACAGAGUCAUGGGAAAAAUUGUGAGUUAAAUUGGUAAUAUAAAAUGUAUUUUCUUUAAAUGAAAACCAAAAACAAAAGCACUAAAUGAUUGAUGACAAAUGACUUCACAGACUCACAAUUGAUAUUGACAAACUUUAAAAGUUAAAAAAAUUGUUUUUAUCUUUUUUUUUUUUUUUUUUUAUCUCCAGCAUUGUACUUUAACAGUAAUCGCCACUCCUUCUCAGGUUAUAGAUUUGUGGUCCUUAUGUGGUGAAACUAGGGCUGUCAAACGAUUACAAUUUUUAAUCGAGUUAAUUACAGCUUAAAAAUUAAUUAAUCAUAAUCAAUCGCAAUUCAAACCAUCUAUAAAAUACGCCAUAUUUUUCUGUAAAUUAUUGUUGGAAUGGAAAGAUAAGACACAAGAUGGAUAUAUACAUUCAACAUUCGGUACAUAAGGACUGUAUUUGUUUAUUAUAACAAUAAAUCAACAAGAUGGCAUUAACAUUAUUAACAUUCUGUUAAAGCGAUCCAUGGAUAGAAAGACUUGUAGUUCUUAAAAGAAAAAUGUUAGUACAAGUUAUAGAAAUUUUAUAUUAAAACCCCUCUUAAUGUUUUCGUUUUGAUAAAAUUUGUAAAAAUUUCAAUCAAAAAAUAAACUAGUAGCCCGCCAUUGUUGAUGUCAAUAAUUACUUACACCAGUACUUCUCAAAUAGUGGGGCGCGCCCCCCCAGGGGCGCACAGUAUUUUUGAAGUAAGCAAGAGCACACGGAAGAGACUCAUGAAGAGCUGGAGAGCUCUGCGCCGUUUUCGAAAGCCGUUUUCCGGCCGGACUCACGCAGCGACCCACUGUCUUCUCCGGUUCUCACGUGACCACCCGAGAAGUGCCAUUUUCGGCACGACCGCCCUCACCUACGGUUCUCCCUCGGCCGCCGAGAAUGCGCUUUUUUCGGGCCGUUUGCCUUUUGGCUUUGACAUUUAAUACAGUGGUAGACGAGGAAAGACCACUGUUUACUGUGUCUAAAAAUGAUUAUAGCGGACAGCCGGAAGCCAAAUCAAGUAAGACGCCACGCCAAGACAUUAGACCCCAAUCUCAUUGAUAAGCCGCUUGGUUGUUUUUCAGCGAAAACGUGCCGAAUAUUGCCAACAAUCGUCCCGCUUUGUCAGUGUUAUAUCAGUAAACCAGUGAGCACUGUUAGCAUGCUCGGUGCAAUAUAAGCCCACAUCAUUGCAAACUAGAAGUGACACUGGGAGCAGCGAAAAUAAAUGGUAAAAACUGUUCUUCUGUCCAAUUACACUUUUUUUUUCUUUUUUUUCUUCUAUUCAGUUUUGUUUUUUCGGUCAAUUUUUUGGGCAUAUUGUCCUCAUGAGUUAAUGUUUCUAAUCAAUUUAAAUUUGUUAUUAUUUACUGAUUUUAUUUUUCAGUAUCAAAUGGUCAAAAAUGUACCUUGAGUGUAUUUUUACAGUUUGGAUGUGACUUUUUUUUUUUUUUUAAUUCAGGCAAAUUGAUGCGCGUUGUCUUUUCUGUUACAAACAAAACAAUGUUAAUAAAGUUAUACUUUAUAAGUUGAUCUGUUAUUUUCCCUAAUAGAAAAAAAAAGGAUACAAUGUGAGGCAGAGGCGUACUUAUAAUAGUAAUAUUAUAGACAAAUGAUACUAUUUACAGUGACGGCAGAGCUUGGGGGGCGCGAAACAUUUACGUCUUCCUAGGGGGGGCGUAACAGAAAAUAAUUGAGAAGCACUGACUUACACAAUGCUCAUGGGCCUAUAAAAUCAGUCGCACCAAAGCGCCAGCAGAGGGCGGCAAAACUCCAUAAAACACAACAAGUGAACGUUUCACUGUACUGUCAUUUAAAUCUGUCUGAGCGGGGCAUCUGCGUUAAUUGCGUCAAAUAUUUUAACGUGAUUAAUUUAAAAAAUUAAUUAACGCCCGUUAACGCGAUAAUUUUGACAGCCCUAGGUGAAACCUUUUAUGUUUGGUCAAGUUUUAUUACUCUAUAUUCUGCUGUACGUUAAAAAUCCCUAAUCAAUUUAAUUAUUACAUUUAAAUUCAUUUAAUCAAUUAAAAAGUUAUAUUUUCUGACGAUUUAAAGACACCGUGUGAUUGGACAGGCUGGAGUGAUUAUACACAGAAAAAAACAACUGGUGACUUUACUUGAUAAAAUUUAAUAAUAAUUUGCACUUACUUUUAUUAAGUAAAUUUUACUGGUAAAAUGUACUUUAUAGAAGUCUUCGCAAAUUGUUACAAUGAUUUUAUCAAGUAAAUCCACCAGUUAUUUUUUUCAGUGUAGGACUUCCGACUUCAAGCUUGUGUGUGGUCAUGUGACUGUAUUGUUACAUCUGAUUGGUAUAAUGAAGUCAUGUGAUUAUUGUUGCAACGUGAAACUGGUAAAUGUUACUGAUUGAUUGAUACUGAUACUGUUGAUUUAUGUUUAUCUGGAGGUUUUAUUUCUUUUUAUUCAUUUUUGGACAGGUUUUAAAUGGUGUUUCAGUAUGCGAAAACAUUUACACUUUUUUUUUUUCCUAUUGUACUGCAUGUUUGAAAGAAAUGUUCAAUCAAUGAGGGAAUAUUAGCGCUGCACUCUAAAGUGAGAAUUCAAAUGAGGAGCGGACACGGGUCACAUUUUUUCUAUUGACUGACAAAUAUAGAAAUGGUCCAAAGCUGAAAAUGCUUAGUUGCUCUUUGUUAAUGCUAAACAUCAAUUCCAUUGCAUUGUUUGCCUUUCGUAACUUGUUGAAUGUUGUUAAUUGUGGCAAAUAAAAAGGUAUCAAGGCUAGCAUAGACCACUCAAAAAGGGCUCAUAGGAAUAAAGCAUCAACGUUGUGCAUCAUUUUUGUUUUUUUAAACCACUCCUAUUUUUCGACGGAACAGACUAACUUGAAUUUUUGUUGUGCUUUCGUCACUUUGCUCUGACUGAUUCAUGCAACUACUGUGGGGGCUUUACUAGUUUGUUAUAUAAUGAGAAAAUCCAUACUAUGUUGAACUGUUUGUGUGAACUCUGCUCUUGUCACAUUGUGUACGAAGCUGCAGUGAGAGGCGUCCCAAAGCUGACACUACAAAGCUUUCAAUGUACGGAGACUGUCAGUGUAAACAAUGGACCGUUACGCCACUGGACACAUUUGUGCGGCUGUGUAAUAAAUCACAUGCAUGCAGGCCAUGCUUAUUCAACUCUGUCCGUGGGACUCUUUGCCUUGCUCCAGAUGAUAACCGGAAAAUACUAUACAAAUUCAAGAGAGCCUGAAAUGAUUCAUGUUCAACAAGGGCGUAGGUUUGCAUAGAGAAGGAAGGAACAUAACACUACCAGCUUUUCAGGAUGCUCAAAUUGUCCCCACCAACUUUUAAGCAACCUUAUUUGCAUUAUAUCAUGAGUUCAGUGGUAUAGGUCAUUUAGAUUGUCUUCCUAUAUGUUGUAAGGAUAGAAUAGACCCUACCUGUUGAAUUAUUUUCAUUAUGUUCAGAUUUACAUUUAUCCCUUUUCACUUGCAUAAUGUGUCGGUCUAUUUUUUCCCCUCAAACGCACGUUUGAUUGGCUGAUAACUUGACCGCAUGCCCCACAAGGCACACUCACAGAGCCCCAACAGAUUCAUGUCGACAACAUUCCGCCUCCUUUGAAGAGGAGGGAUAUUAGUUUUUUCGGCCUGCAGCAACCACUGUAAGUCUUGUAAAAAGACGUCAAUGUUGUGGAGGUGGGGGAAACAUCACAAAUUUUGCUACUGAAGUCCGACCUGAAUUAGAGUUGGCAUAGCAAUAAACUGUGUGAACUUGCUAACCUACAAAACUACAGCGGUCAGGCCAGCCUAAACAAGGAACAGCAAAUUCAAGCCAGCCGUCCUUCAUUUAGAUCAUUGUUUGCAUUAUGUGCAUUACGGUAAUGCAGAGUGGUGGCUUCAGAGUGCAAGUCCUUUUAUUUAAAAACAGCGGGGAGCUAUCCAAGAAUGGGUCCACUUCAGGAGAACACUGACAACAACAUGGACUGACAUGGGGAAAAAAAUCUGUGAAUUGAAAUCACACAUCAGAAUUUCAUGAGAGUGCUUUGGUUCAAAUCUUGGGGCAGUGGUUCAUAGCCUUGCAAAAGGUACCGAACCCCAAGUGUUUCACAUGUGGAUUCACCAAACCCUUGGGAAUUAGAUAAUAAAGCAAUUUUUUUCAAAUUCAAAACCGAUAUAGCUAAGCCAGCAAGCUAAUUAUUUAGCAAAAUUCUUAUUUAAAAAGCAUGUUUUAUGAACAGGUCAAAAUUUGAGAUCACGCUGUCCAUUGGUCUGUUCUAUUCCCGUAUGCCAAGUGCGAGUCGACCUUCCACUGAGCAAACCAGUUUCUGCUCCAAUCUGAUCGAGGACUAACAGUUAAAAGAAAUGGAUUAAGCCUGUAAAUUGGGAGCAAACCAGACCAAAACCUGGUCUAAAUAACCCACAACCCAGGUUAAGAACCACUGUCUUGGAAUAGUUCAGUAUAGAGAGACAGCGAGCACCAAAAGUGGUAUUUGCCAUGUGGCAAAAUCCAUUUUGCCACAUGGCAAAAAAAAUGCCACAUGGCAAAAUCAACUUUUCCACAUGGCAAAAAAAUGCCACAUGGCAAAAUCCAUUUUGCCACAUGGCAAAAAAAUGGCAAAAUCCAUUUUGCCACAUGGCAAAAUCCAUUUUGCCACAUGGCAAUAUCAAUUUUGCCAUACGGCAAAAAAAUGCCACAUGGCAAAAUCCAUUUUGCCACAUGGCAAUAUCAAUUUCGCCAUACGGCAAAAAAAAUGCCACAUGGCAAAAAAAUAAAAAUACCACAUGGCAAAAUCAAUUUUUCCACAUGGCAAAAAAUGCCACAUGGUAAGAUCAAUUUUUCCACAUGGCAAAAAAUUCCACAUAGCAAAAUCCAUUUUGCCACAUGGCAAAAAAAUGCCACUUGGCAAAAUCCAUUUUGGCACAUAGCAAAAAAAUGCCACAUUGGCAAAAAAAAAAAAAAUUCAACUUGGCAAAAUCCAUUUUGGCACAUGGCAAAAAAAUGCCACAUGGCAAAAUCCAUUUUGCCGCAUGGCAAAAAAUGCCACAUGGUAAAAUCCAUUUUGCCACGUGGCAAAAAAAAUGCCACAUGGCAAAAAAUGCCGCAUGGCAAAAUCAAUUUUGCCAAAUGGCAAAAAAAUGCCACAUGGCAAAAUCCAUUUUGCCACAUGGCAAAAAAAAUGCCACAUGGCAAAAUCCAUUUUGCCACAAGGCAAAAAAAUGCCACAUGGCAAAAAAAAUGCCACAUGGCAAAAUCCAUUUUGCCACAUGGCAAAUACCACUUUUAGUUCUCGCCCCUGCUGGAAGUAUGCCUCAGAUGUAGAUCGGUCCUAGGAUAUCUGAUUUUUUUUUUAUUCAUUUUUUUCCCAAAAUCACUUUUAUAUUGCAAUACUUUUGUUUGAUUCUCAUGGUUCUCCAGUGUCCCCAGAAGUGGACCCAUUCUUGGAUAGCACAGCAAGGGACUUGCAACCUCGACCCCCAUUCAAUUAUCUGUUUGGUUUUAUUAAUGUCCCGUCCCCAGCAAAAAGUGUACAUGCGUUUUAUUCUGUUAUGUUGUCCCUACCAAUGUUAAGGCCAAACCUACACCCUUGCUGUUCAAUAUAUGGUGAAGAAAUUGAAGCGAGAAAAACACCUCAAAUAAAUUUUUGUACUUUUAGCUACAAUUUAAUUGUACUAUUAUAAUCGGUCAAUAAUAGUCAGUAUUCAGAUUUUUUGCCUCUGUAUAUUGAGAUGGUGAGAGAGUGGACAUCACGACUCUUUCUUUAACCCCUCAGAACUGCUGUUUAACCCAAAUAUAAGUCAUAUCUUUGAACAUAAGGUCACUUUUAACCCUAAAUAAAUUCAGACCAGCAGGCUGGUUAAUGUAUUUGAGCUGAAAGACCCUGUAAAAUGAGAUCUAAAGUGAAAUAAAAGUAUCGAUAUAUAUAUAUGAGGGAGAUGGCUCAUUGUCGGAGGAAUUUCUUUUAACGAGUAUUUUUUCUUCUGUACAUAUUUGACUGUGUGUCUCCUCUAAUAUUACAUGUACAUUUUCACUAAUGAUUUUCUUUUUGAGGGGUUAAAAUGAAAAUUAAAUAAGAACCUUGGUUACAGAAUACGGUAUGUUGCUUUGUUUUCCUCUCUGACCAAAAAUAUUUGUAUCUGAAUAAAAUUCAAUUGAAUUAUCUUGUCUUUUUUUAAAACACAUGUACACAAACAUUGUUUGCUUGGGAAAUC